CGCUGACAGCAGAGUGCCGCUUAUUGAUUACACCUGGAAGAUCGAUACAAUCACUCGCUGUAAACAAGCCCUGGAGCGAAGGGGCGUGUGAGCGGGGUCAGCCGGCAGAGCCGUCCCCAAAUCCUGGCCGAUCGGCGGCAGUCUGUCCCGCUGCCUCGUUUGUCAUCAGACCCCGCCGUUAAAGAAGCUUCAAUGAUUCCUCCUAUAUGAACUUGCGGCUCCUAAUUGGGUGUUUAUCACACUGCCCCCUCUCCCCAUGUAAAUGGCUUCAUUCCCGGAGUCAGAUUUCCAGCUGUGCCCCCUGUGUAAGGAGAUGUGCGUGUCCUCUGCCCCCAUCUCCUCCUCCAGCUCGUCCUCCUCUCAAACCUCAAGCAGCAGUGGUGGAGGCAGCAGCCUGGGCUCCGCUCCCCGCAGGCUGCACGUCUUGCCUUGCUUGCACGCCUUCUGCAGGCAGUGUUUGGAGGGCCACAGGGGCCCCGGGGACUCCUUGCAGCUGCGUUGUCCCGUUUGCGACCACAAGGUGCUCAUGUCCGAGGCUGGCAUGGACGCCUUGCCUUCCUCCACCUUCCUGCACCUCAGCAACCUGCUGGAUGCGGUGGUGGGGGGUGCUGAUGAGCCCCAGAGUAAUGGGAGUCGGGGCGGAGGUGCUGGGAGUUGCGCCCGGAGGCAGCAGCCCAGAGUCCGCUCAGCAUCUUGUUCUUCCUCCAGCCUCCUGCGUAGGGGACCCCCCAACCAGCCGGAGCCCCGCUGCUCCUCCUGCGAUGAGGGCAACGGUGCCAGCUCUCACUGCCUGGACUGCCAGGAGAACCUGUGCGAUAACUGCCUCAUGGCCCACCAGCGGGUCAGACUGACCAAGGACCACUUCAUAGAGCGCUUCCCCGGCCCGGGACACAGAGCUCCGGGCUCCCCGUGUAACUCCGCGGGCUCCAGCGCCGCUACUACCUCAUCCUCUUCCACCUCCUCCUCCUCCUACCAGGGCAGCGCCUUCUCCAUCCUGUCCGUGUACCCGGAGAGGCUCGCCUACUGCCAGCAGCACGACGAGGAGGUUCUGCAUUUCUAUUGUGAUACUUGCUCCAUCCCAAUAUGUCGCGAAUGCACUAUGGGCCGGCAUGCGGGACACAGCUUUGUCUACCUCCAAGAUGCUCUUCAGGAUUCCAGAGCAAUUACGAUCCAGCUGUUAGCUGAUGCCCAGCAAGGCCGUCAAGCUAUUCAGCUGAGUCUGGACCAAGCACAGGCUCUGGCAGAGCAAGUUGAGAUGAAAGCCAAGGUGGUACAGUCCGAAAUUAAAGCAGUCACAUCCCGGCACAAGAAGGCACUCGAAGAGCGGGAGUGUGAGCUGCUCUGGAAGGUUGAAAAGAUUCGUCAGGUGAAAGCAAAGUCACUCUACCACCAGGUAGAGAAGCUCCAUCAAGCUUUGAACAAGCUGGACAGCACCAUCAAUGCGGUGCAACAAGUAUUAGAGGAUGGCUGUUCAAUGGAUAUUUUGAUAGCCAGGGAUCGUGUCUUGGCCCAGUUGCAAGAUGUUAAGAAUGCUAGAGGCCUCCUUCAACUUCAGGAGGAUGACCGAAUAAUGUUCACUCCCCCUGACCAAGCAUUGUAUCUUGCCAUCAAAUCCAUGGGCUUGGUUAGCAGUGGGGCUUUUGCAGCUCUGACAAAAGCUACCGGAGAAGGCUUAAAACGUGCUCUUCAGGGCAAAGUUGCCACAUUUACAGUUAUUGGAUAUGACCAUGAUGGGGAAGCUCGGCUGUCUGGUGGCGACCUUAUAACUGUGCUGGUGAUGGGACCUGAUGGGAAUCUGUUUGGAGCAGAGGUCACUGACCAACUGAAUGGUACCUACUUAGUCAGUUAUAGGCCACAGCUUGAAGGAGAACACCUCAUCUCAGUGAUGGUGUGUAACCAGCAUAUUGAGAACAGCCCGUUUAAAGUGAAUGUGAAAUCUGGCCGUUCCUAUAUAGGGAUUGGGCUCCCUGCUCAGUCUUUUGGUGGGGAAGGAGAUCAGGAUGGCAAACUAUGUCGCCCCUGGGGUGUCUGUGUGGACAGGGAAGGGUACGUAAUUGUGGCAGACAGGAGCAACAACCGCAUUCAAAUUUUCAAGCCAUGUGGGACCUUCCACCACAAGUUUGGAAGCUUGGGAUCGAGACCAGGACAGUUUGAUCGGCCAGCAGGUGUGGCCUGUGAUAGUUCUCGUAGGAUUGUAGUGGCAGAUAAAGACAACCAUCGUGUGCAAGUUUUUACUUUUGAAGGCCAAUUUAUUCUGAAGUUCGGUGAGAAAGGGACCAAGAACGGCCAAUUUAAUUACCCAUGGGAUGUUGCUAUUAAUUCAGAGGGAAAGAUCCUUGUCUCAGACACUCGUAACCACCGUGUCCAGUUGUUCAGUCCGGAUGGGACAUUCCUGAAUAAGUAUGGUUUUGAAGGUGCGCUUUGGAAACACUUUGACUCUCCCCGUGGUGUGGCAUUUAGCCAAGAUGGAUACUUAGUGGUGACUGAUUUUAACAACCAUAGACUGCUCAUUAUCAAGCCAGACUGCCAGUCAGCCCAUUUCUUGGGUACGGAGGGCACAGGCAAUGGACAGUUUCUUCGUCCACAAGGUGUUGCAGUCGAUCAGGAGGGGAGAAUCAUUGUAGCAGAUUCCCGAAACCAUCGGGUACAGAUAUUUGAACCAAAUGGCAGCUUCCUGUGCAAGUUCGGCACCCAAGGAAGUGGCUUCGGCCAGAUGGACCGUCCGUCUGGUAUAGCUGUAACACCUGAUGGCACAAUUGUCGUGGUGGAUUUUGGUAACAACCGAAUUCUAGCCUUUUAGUCCAUUUUCAACAUAACCUGUCUCAGGGAAGUCCUAUCAAGAAGUAAUAUAAGAAAUGCAACAUUACUGAGCACCUACCUCAUUUUUUUCUAGCAAAUGUAUUUACUGUUUUCUGCCAAAACAGAGCCUGUGAAGCAUAAAAUCAAAAUCUACCUCAAAACCUCUUAGAAGGAGGGUUGUAUUACCCUGUUUAUUUUUUCCCAACCUGCACAAUAUAUUGAUAUCAACUUA